AUGGUCAAAGCUGCGGUACUUGGAGCUUCUGGUGGCAUUGGCCAGCCACUGUCUCUCCUGUUGAAGACCUGUCCCUUAGUUGAAGAGCUUGCUCUCUACGAUGUUGUGAACACCCCUGGUGUUGCUGCUGAUCUAUCCCACAUCUCGUCUAUCGCUAAAAUCUCUGGUUUUCUGCCCAAAGAUGAUGGGCUGAAGCAGGCCCUUACUGGUGCUAAUAUUGUUGUCAUCCCGGCUGGUAUUCCCCGCAAGCCUGGUAUGACCCGUGACGACCUCUUCAAGAUCAACGCCGGCAUAGUGCGAGACUUGGUCAAGGGUAUCGCCGAGUUCUGCCCCAAGGCCUUUGUUCUGGUUAUCUCAAACCCCGUUAAUUCUACUGUUCCUAUUGCUGCAGAGGUGCUCAAAGCCGCUGGCGUCUUUGACCCGAAGCGCCUCUUUGGUGUCACCACACUGGACGUCGUUCGUGCAGAGACUUUCACCCAAGAGUUCUCGGGCCAGAAGGAUCCUUCUGCUGUUCAAAUCCCAGUUGUUGGUGGCCACUCUGGAGAGACCAUUGUCCCCCUCUUCAGCAAGACUACCCCCGCAAUUCAGAUACCCGAGGAGAAGUAUGACGCACUGAUCCACCGCGUCCAAUUUGGUGGAGAUGAGGUGGUCCAAGCUAAGGACGGUGCUGGUUCCGCCACCUUGUCUAUGGCCUAUGCCGGUUACAGGUUCGCUGAGAGUGUAAUCAAAGCUUCAAAGGGUCAAACGGGUAUUGUCGAGCCUACCUUCGUCUACCUGCCUGGAAUUCCCGGCGGUGAUGAGAUCGUUAAGGCAACUGGCGUGGAAUUCUUCUCUACUCUUGUAACCUUAGGAACUAAUGGCGCAGAGAAGGCUAGCAACGUUCUUGAGGGCGUGACCGAGAAGGAAAAGAAGCUUCUCGAGGCUUGCACGAAAGGCCUUAAGGGUAAUAUCGAGAAAGGCAUCGACUUCGUUAAGAACCCACCACCAAAGUAA